AUGGAGAAAAAUUUUGAUUUUUAUCAACCAUACGAAUACAUCCACCAGAAGAUCCAUCUCUCGCAACAAUCAAAUACAACAUUAAAUUUACCACACAAUGUUCUUGCCAAUUUAGACCACUCCACAUUAUCAUCACAUAGUCCUCAUUUAUUAACAAUUAAUUUAAAUAAUAAUUACAAUGACAACUAUGAUAAUUCAAUACAAUAUUCACCAAUGCCGUCUUCUUCUUACCACCAACACCAUCAUAUUGAUUCAUUAGUUAACACUUUGCAUCCUCAUCAUCAAUAUUCAUCAUCUGGAUCAACCCCUCAACAACCCUUCAAUUUGCAAUCCAUUCAAAAAGUUAAUUCUUCCUCACCUUUUAUUGCUGCUAAUACUGUUCAACCAAAUCCAAAAGGAUUAAAAUCACAAAAAGAUUCCAAUGCAGUUGAAGAUGCAGCACGGACACUCUUUUUAUCUUCAAGAUUGAAUAGUGAUUUCAAUUUUAAAGAUAAUAACAAUAAUAAAUUUCUAAUAACUCCAACUUCUUCGUUUCAAUAUGAUCAUCCUUUACAACGUGAUUCAUUGGAUAUUGAUGAGAUUCCAAACAUUUAUACCAAACAGUUAACUAUUAAAGCAUAA